UAUAUAUAUAUAUAUCCCUGUUCGUCGUCAUCCGGAGCCAUUUUGCCGAAAUGAAAAUAAUACCGCGAGCCGUCGCGUUCUCCGCGCCUUCGACUCUACUCGCGAUCUUUCUCGUGUGGUGCCACUGUGUAUGCUCGGCGGUGUACGCGAAGUCGUUGCACCACUUGAAGACAACGUCCGUCGACAACAGCACCGAGAUCGUCGCCAAUUGCGAUCUGAUCAGGCCGUUCUUCGAUACCAAGAACAUCACGCUCGUGCCAGCCGCUGAGGAUUUUUCGAACGCGACGUGCCAUGGCAAGUGCUGCAGCAAGGAGAUGGAGGAGCAUUUGAAGCAACAAGCUCGGGCCGACUUCCACAAUCUGAUUCAUCAUCAUAGCAGAAGUCUGCAGGGUCUCCUCGUCACUACCGCCGACGCUUACCGCGAUACGGUGAUUGUUCUGCUGCGAAAGUCGGAGAACAAGACGCUGACCAUGUUCGACCAGGUGUAUCGCUCGAUGGCGGUGCUGAGCAGGCCCUCGAUCCGGGCGCUUUACCAGGCGAUGAUGGACUACGUAUCGCCCGUUAAUACCCCGGACGAUCUACAGCAACCGUUGACGCGGGACACGUUGCAGGAGCGCUUUCGCGAAUUCUUCACGCGUCUCUUCCCCAUCGCCUAUCAUUUUGUCGUCAAUCAGCAUCAGGAUCGUCGGGAUUUCACGGAAAAAUUCAAAUCCUGCUUGUACAAGACAAUGGAUGACAUACAGCCGUUUGGCGACGUGCCCCAAGAUAUAUUCAAGAAGAUCAGCAAGAGUCUGGAGGCUACCAGAGUGUUGAUGCAGGCUCUAAGCCUCGGCAAGACCUUUCUCGACAAGACCGAUAGCGUGCUGUUUGCCGUCGGCAGUAGCAAUAGCCCUCAGCAAGAGGCCUGUUACAAUGCCCUGCUCAGGAUGACCUAUUGUCCAAAGUGCAAAGGAAUCGGAAAGGAUGUGCGGUCCUGCAACGGUUUCUGCAUGAACGUAAUAAGAGGCUGCCUGGCAGAGCCGGCGUACGAACUGGAUCUCGCAUGGUCCGGCUACGUGGAAACAGUCGGGAGGCUCGUCGCGGCGGUGGACAACGAUAACAAUCCUCUGGAACUGAACAUCAAGAAUGCCGUCAGAGAGCUGGACUCCCGCAUUUCGGAUGCCAUUAUGCACGCGAUGGAGGACGGACCGUCGCUCGAGGAGAAGGUAAGUGCGAGAGUAUUUCACACACACACACACACACACACAUAUUCAUAUUCAUAUUCAUAUUCAACAGGCUAGCCCGAUCUGCUCGGCCACCGCGACGGAGAAUGUUAUAAUCUCUCUUCGCGCGAAUCGAAUUUUUCACCCACCCUAGUACGUAUUCGUACUAAAGUGGAUGAAAAAAUAACAUUCCCUUUUUUAUUACGACUUUUAUUUACAACUUAUGCACAAAUU